AUGGUAGAUGAGAUUCUAGCCUUGAAAAGAAACAAGACAUACACCCUUGUCAAGCUUCCUCCUAGAAGGACUGCUAUUGGUUGCAAAUGGGUCGAUCCCAAACUAAUUUCUCAUUACACAGUUGCUCUUAAUGCUAAAUAUGCUCUUAAAGAUUUGGGAGAUCUUCACUUCUUCCUUGGAAUUAAAGUUACUUCUACCUCAGGUGGUCUUCACUUGUCUCAAGCCAAAUGCAUCAGGGACCUUCUUCACAAAGCUAAAAUGGAUGAAGCCAAGCCUUCCAACACUCCCAUGGUCAGUGGUCUCAAAUUAUCAGCAUAUGGUAGUUCCCUUGUUGACAAUCCCCACAUGUACAAGUCCAUUGUAAGAGUUUUACAAUAUUUGGUUAUCACCAGGCUUGAGAUUUCAUUUAGUGUAAACAAAGUUUGUCAGUUAAUGGCUAAUCCUUUGCAAUCUCAUUGGCAUGUUGUUAAGAGAAUCUUAAGAUAUCUCAGUGGCACUAUUGACUAUGGCAUUCAUCUCAUAAAAUUAGACCACCUUGACCUUACUGCAUUCUGCGAUGCAGACUGGGCCACAGACCUUGAUGACAAAUGCUCAAACUCUGGUUUUACGAUAUUCUUUGGCUGCAAUCUCAUAGCUUGGCAAUGCAAUAAGCAACACAUAGUGUCCAGGAGCAGCACUGAAGCUGAAUUUUAA